AUGAAACCUGCCCUUAAAGACAGCAGCAUAGCUAAAAAGGCCAGAUUAUCGACACCUAAUAAUAAACUCCCUUCCUUAAAACGUGCAAAUACUCCGCUGAUUAGAUCAAGAAACUCGCUAACUAGCUUGAAGCCAAAAAAGAUCAAACCUCAAGGAUCUGUGAUGAUAAACAGCAAAGCAAGGACACAACCGCUACCGACCCCAAACACUUCUUUAAUUGAUGAGCCUGUGUCAAAAGCGCCAAUUAGAAAAAAAUUCAUUAUAAGCGAGGUAAUCAAGACUAGUGAAAAACCAUAUAGAAACCUAUCAUAAAUAAUUAGAAUAAGCCAUAAUUUCCAGGUAAUAUUUAUUUUUUAUACUAACUCCCCCCCCCCUCCGUGAGUGAACAAAAAAAUUUUGUUCACUCACGGAGGGGGGUUAAUUUUUUUUUUUUUAUAUAAAUUUUAUAAAAAAUAUUUUUUUUCGAAAUUUAAAAAAAUCCUAAUUCACAAAAAUUGGAAAGCAAAUAUUAAUUUAAUUUAAAAUUUAUGUUUUAAAACGCAAUUCGCUUAAAAUUAAACAGAAUUAGCUCUAGAUUUCAUUAUACUAAUUAUCAUUUAUAUAUCAAAAUUUUUUCCAUAAAAAAAUUUUUGUAUUAAAAAAAUUUUUGUUCACUCACGGAGGGUGGUUUUUUGGGCAAAAAAUAGGGAUUUUUCUAAUGGUUUUGUUCACUCACGGAGGGAGGGGGGGAGUAAGAAUUAGGCAUUUUUUAUAUAAACAAUUUUUUAUUUUUAUUAAACUAGUAUAAAUUAUGACAGUGUGUUACAGUUGGAAACUAGUCUAUGGCGAAUUCUAGAGUCCUUACAAAGAGGUGUAACAGACAUCUCAAAGAUCUGUGACAAUUACUGGGAUACUUUUAAAAGAUCAAACAUAUGAGAAGUUGAAACUCUUUUCAAAGACAAAAAAAUAAGAAAAUCCAUUAGAAAAGCCUUAAUUCUUGAGCUCUGUGGAGUCGCCUUAGCAAGCCACUACUCCCAAUACACCUGAAAAACCUUAGCCAACAUCCGAAAUUUAUUUUUAUUUGUCCACCAGAACCUUUUGAGUAUUUUUGAAAUUUUGCUCAAAAAAUCCCACGAUUUUCCUGCCGAGGUUAUUAAAGCUUUCAAUAAUGCAAUUUUAGCAAGAAAAGUCACAAAAGCAGGAGUUUUGCUGCUGCAAAACUCAGAAUCAAUCCAAUCACUUCUAAAAGUGAUUUUAAAGCAUUUUAAGCAGCAUUCGAUGCACACAGCAAUUUCUGUCAGCAUAUCUGGAAUAUUGCAAUCUAUAGAUAAAAUGAAUUUUAUUACAAUUUAUGAUGCUUUAUCUCAAGCACGAAGACUAGAGGUCCCUGAAGACGUUCCUGAAGCUUUGCCGCCUGUUUUCCCUCCUUUUCUUCCUCCUCCACCUCCUGGAAAACUGAUGUAUACUUUAGUGCUGGAUUUAGAUGAAACUUUAGUCCAUUAUUAUGAAACUAAUAAUGAAGGAAGAGUCCUAGUGAGGCCAGGCUGUGAAGAAUUUUUAAAAGGAGUCAGCGAAUGAUAUGAAGUCGUGAUUUUUACUGCUGGACUUCAAGAUUACGCAGAUUGGGUAAUUGACCAAAUUGACCCACAUAAAUAUGUGAACCAUAGAUUAUACAGACAGCAUGCAAUGGCGCAUGGGCAAAGUUUUGUAAAAGAUUUAGACAAGCUGGGAAGGGACAUUUCAAGGGUAAUAAUUGUCGAUAAUGUUGCUGAAAAUUUCCAAUUGCACCCGAAAAAUGGAAUUUUUAUAAAAUCGUGGUUUGAUGAUAUAGUGUUUUAUAUAAUUAAAAUAAAAAAUAUUUUAGGACUUAUCUAUAAGGCAAUUUAAAUAAAAAUAAAUAUCUCUGAUACGGCGCUGUACGAACUUUUACCUGUGUUGACCCAAGUUUCAAAAAAAUGCGUAAAAGACGUGAGGGAAGCGCUCAGAGAAUUAAAAGAACAAAUGAUCCGGGAAAUCAUGAAAGGAAACCCUAACCCUCAUUUAAAUCUUAAUUUGUAA